AACUUAUUGUGGGGUGCAUGUGUGCGUAAAGAUAGCACAACUCUUUAAACCCUCUUCCAAAGUCGAUCGAGACGCUUUCCCUCCUCCCUCUCUCUCUCUCUCUCUCUCUCUCUCUCACACACACACACACACACACGCAGCGGAGCUCCUUUCAGAUUGCGAGCAAAUCACCAGUCAGAAGUAAAACUCCUUCAAUGAGCUCCAACCUCCACUUCUCACCGGGCUCACGACACCGUCUCCCCACCUCCAACUCUCUCUCUCAAUCUCCUCAACAAACGGACACCAGAUUCCAAGCAGCCGCCGCCGUGCCUUCCAACUCCACCCCCAACGCCGCCGCCGCCGCAGCGCCUUCUAGGCUACCAAACUACAACGCCACUCGCGUUCAGGAAGCAUUGGAACACUUGGGAUGUAUUGAUUUGAUUGAAUUGUGCAAUGAAGCAAAAGUUGAGCGUUGUCGGGCUACUAGAGACUUGAGUAGCUGUGGACGCUAUGUAGAAAGUGUAUUGAAUUCAUGUGGACAUGCCUCCUUAUGUACAGAGUGUUGUCAGCGGUGUGAUAUUUGCCCAAUUUGUAGAAUUCCAAUACCGAAGAAUGGCAAUAGACUUCGCCUUCGCCUUUACUAUGAGUGCAUAGAGGCCGGUCUUAUCUCUAAGAAAUGUGAUGACAGAUUUCAAGAAAAAGAAGAUCGGGAGAAGCAAAUUUCUGCUGAUAUUGAACGGCUUUAUUCUUUGUUUGAUGUUGCCAUGGAGAACAACUUGGUUUCUCUGAUUAGCCACUAUGUUACGGAUGUUUGUAUGGAUGAAAGUGCUGUGUCUAGCGAUCCUGUCAUUGCUUUCUUGUUGGAUGAAGUGGUUGUCAAGGAUUGGUGCAGGCGGACCUUCAAAAAUAUUCUUACAGAACUUCAAGACUUGUAUAAUAAUAAUCACACAGUACAACAGAUGAAAACAAAGUGGAGUUCACUUCUAAGGUUUUCAGUUAAGCUUGUUGGCAUUUCCAAUGUUCUGGAAGUUUUAGAAUCAUCAUUUAAGGGUACUCUUUCAGCUCAGCUCCAUGAUCUGCAUCACCUUCAAGAAAGCAUAUUAAUGACAAAGCAGCAUAUGGAUAUAAUGAUAUGGCUCAUAAGGCAUAACUUUCUCGAGAAUGUUGGGUCUCGUUAUACAAAUUUCGCAGCAUGGCGUUCUUCUGUCCAUGAAAGGAAAUCAGCUGCAAGUACACGUGCUUGGCCUGAGUCGGUAAACCACUCUGCGGACUCCACGAAGACCAAUGGUUCUACACUCUUCAUAGAAGAUGCACUGUCCAAUAUUGAGACAGAACAGGAGGAUGCAGAUGAAAUGGGAGGGGAACUUGAAAUUGCAUCUUUGCAGAAGGAUGGAAGCUCACUGUUUUUCAGGUCUAAGAUAGAUGGGAUGGCAGGAUGCUAUCCAUUUGAAAGUCUGCGAGCUGCUGCUGACGUGCUUUUUUUGCAUGGGACUUCUGAUUUGGUGGUAGCAAAGCAAGCGAUAUUUCUGUAUUACCUGUUUGACCGGCACUGGACCAGGCCGGAAAAGGAGUGGAGAUACAUUAUAGAUGACUUUGCUGCAUCAUUUAAUCUAACCAGGCAUUCCUUUGUGGAGUCUUUUAGUUUUUAUCUACUAGAUGACCACACUGAUGAUGCUCUUCAGGAAGCUUGUCGCCUUCUUCCAGAAAUCUCGGGUCCAACAACUCAUCCCAAGGUUGCCCAAGUUCUGUUAGACAGGCAAAAUCCUGAUGCUGCACUUAUGGUUCUAAGGUGGUGUGGCCGUGAUGGAGGAGCACAGUUGGUUUCACUGGCCGAGGCUGUCACUGCAGUUAGAGUGAGAGUGGAAUGUGGACUUCUGACUGAAGCAUUUAUGUACCAGAGAGCGCUUUGCAUGAAAGUUAAGGAAAAGAUGUCGAAGCCUGUUUCAUCUCAACAAUCAUCAAAUGUCUUAAUAGACGAGUCCAGGACUUGGGCGGAGUGGGUGGAGGCACUGGUGACUGAAAUCUGUUUUCUCUGCAUCCGGAGAAACUUGGUAGAGCGAAUGAUAGAAUUGCCUUGGAAUUCAUUAGAAGAGAAGUAUCUCCACAAGAGCCUCUUAGAUUUUGCUGUGGAUGACCCAUCAACAACAAUUGGAAGUCUGCUUGUGGUUUUCUAUCUUCAGCGCUAUCGAUAUGUGGAGGCAUAUCAAGUUGAUCGUAAACUUCAGAGUGUGGAGCAGGACUUCAUUGCAAAUAAUUCUGUCAGGGAAGAAGUCUUAUUUAGAAUGAAAUCAGCAAGUCACUGGAGAGCGGGGUUGGUUGAGAAGGGAUUAGAUUUGCUGCCAGAAGUCCAACGACAAGAAGCAAAGACCAGAAAAUUGCUUGAUAAUGUUGUUUCUCCUGUCAAUGAAGUUGAAAUUCCUGCAAUACCUGGUCUUGCCAAACUACAACCACCAAUUCCGAUGAGUUUAUUGGUUCCCACAUCCGUUGAUUCUUCCCUUUUUUCGCGGAAGAACGAGCCAAUCACUUCUUCCAAACCUUCAAUUCUUGCAACUCCUUCAAAACCUGAGGAAUUUGCUGGCAAUUCCCAUCUUAACCUUGGGAAUCAUGGCUCUCCCUCAAUUCCGCAUGGGAGUUUCUUUAGGGAUUCAGAAAGAGUCCCCAAGCCUCAAAGUGGUGUCAACAAGAAGUUCAAGUUUGACGAUAUCAGGACUCCUGGUGUUCGUCGUGUUAGUCCAAUGAGGGCAACCCCUCUAAAAGAGUUCAACAGAAGUGUGCCUCUGAAUCGCAGCUUUGAAGAUCAUCAAUUGGAUGAGGAGGUUUCUCCACAGAAGGAAGAAAACGGGUUUGUUCCCAGAUUUCAAAGUACCAGACCAUAUUCCCUUGGGGUUGGAGCUGAUCCAGUAACCUCAUCGAGCGGCAGCAGUCUCUUACUAAAAGAACCCAGUAGAGAUAAUUAUCUAAAUUCGGCAGGUAAAAGGGUCCCAUCAAAUGGACCCCACACCCCUUGGAAGAUUAUCCCCUCGGAUGAUCCAAUGGACACCUCUUUGAGCAACGGAGAGAAAGCUUUCAUUGAAGAACGGAAUGCAAAUGGUGGACCAAGAUGGAGGUCAGAUGACACCAGUGAAGAUGAACUAGAGACUCCAGAUAGACUCACUGGACCUGCUUCUUAUUCAAAACCUAAGAGGGGAGUAAGAAGAAGCAGGUUAGCCCGAAGAUGAUGGAACUUAUAGGAGUGGAUGAGUAAGACUCAUCCCGUGCCAGGAUGAUCAGAUUCUCACCCAGAUGCGCUGCGCAACCUCCGCUGGUAUAUUGUGGCCCUAAUUAAAGACUUGGCUUCUUUUAUACGUUGUGUGGGAAGAUUAGAUGUGAGAGACUAACGUCUGGAAACAGUGGAAGUUUACAACUUGUAGGAUAGAAAAUUGUGUUGGACGCUUCCAAUUAUGCCCAAUUAUGUGUACGUGGUUUGCUGAAGGGGGUGGUUCCGGGCAAAGUUGAUCGCAGGUUUAAUUGACCGUUUCCAUGGUUUUUUUUUUAACCCUUGUUAAAUUUGUGGUGUCUGGGAAAACUAUCCAUGUAGAGUUCCCCAAAAUUUUGGUGUAUUAUUUGCAGAAAAAAAUUCAUUAGCCGUUGCCAUUUGAA